GUGAAAGUUAUGUAUGCGCUUCCAAUGAGCCAUUUCGGAAAGUUGAUUACAUUAAGAAUGUUAAUCCAAAUUGGUCUGUCAACAUAAAAUCUGGGUCAUCUCGAUCCUUCACAUCCUUAAUAUCUGCAAAAAGUGAAAUAAAGGAGAGCAAAGACUUCAUUAAACCUAAACUGGUAACUGUUAUACGCAGUGGAGUGAAGCCACGAAAAGCUGUGAGAAUUUUGUUGAAUAAAAAAACUGCUCAUUCCUUUGACCAAGUGUUGACUGAUAUAACAGAAGCUAUUAAGUUAGAUUCAGGCAUUGUCAAGAGAAUUUGCACAUUGGAUGGAAAACAGGUUACCUGUUUGCAAGACUUUUUUGGUGACGAUGAUGUUUUUAUUGCCUGUGGACCUGAAAAAUACCGUUAUGCUCAAGAUGAUUUUGUUCUGGAUCAUAGUGAAUGCCGUGUUAUGAAAUCAUCUUAUUCCCGUGCAUCUGGAACAACAAGAUAUUCUGGAUCUAAAAGUCCUGGGCCUUCACGUCGAAGCAAGUCCCCAGCUUCAGUCAGUGGAGCCCCCAGCAGCCAGAUUUCUACUCCUAAAUCAACAAAAUCAUCUGGUUCCUCACCAACUAGUCCUGGAAGUUUUCGAGGACUCAAGAUUCUCCCUCCUUGUGAAUCUUCUUCUAAUGUAAAUGGUGUGCCUGAAAUAUCUCCUUACCUGAAUCCUGAAGGCAUAAAUGGAAACAAGUACUCUGAGACAUCCACCAUUCUUGAAAAGUACAAAGUGGGAAAGGUGAUUGGUGAUGGUAAUUUUGCUGUGGUAAAGGAAUGCAUAGAACGAUCCACCAGAAAGGAAUUUGCCCUGAAGAUUAUUGACAAAGGAAAAUGUUGUGGAAAGGAACACUUGAUUGAAAAUGAAGUGUCAAUUCUACGCCGAGUGAAACAUCCCAAUAUUAUUAUGCUAGUAGAGGAAAUGGAUACUGCAACUGAGCUGUAUUUGGUGAUGGAAUUGGUCAAGGGAGGAGAUCUUUUUGAUGCUAUUACAUCUUCAACAAAAUACACAGAGCGUGAUGGAAGUGCCAUGGUCUACAAUCUAGCCAGUGCACUGAAAUAUCUUCAUGGUCUCAGUAUUGUCCACAGAGACAUCAAACCUGAGAAUCUUCUGGUCUGUGAAUAUCCAGAUGGGACAAAAUCCUUGAAGCUAGGAGACUUUGGAUUAGCCACUGUAGUUGAAGGACCUCUUUAUACAGUCUGUGGCACACCAACCUACGUGGCUCCAGAAAUCAUUGCAGAAACAGGUUAUGGCUUAAAGGUGGACAUUUGGGCUGCAGGUGUCAUUACAUAUAUACUCUUAUGUGGGUUUCCACCAUUUCGUAGUGAGAACAAUAUUCAAGAGGAUCUUUUUGAUCAGAUCUUAAUUGGAAAGCUAGAAUUUCCUUCUCCGUAUUGGGAUAACAUCACUGAUUCUGCUAAGGAAUUAAUUAGUCUUAUGUUACAAGUAAAUGUGGAAGAACGAUAUACAGCUGCUCAGAUAUUAAACCAUCCCUGGGUAUCAGAUGAUGCCUCUCAAGAAAAUAAUAUGCAAGCUGAAGUGAUAGGUAAAUUAAAGCAGCACUUUAACAACACACUUCCCAAACAGAAUAACCAAAAUGCUGGAGUGUCUAUUAUCAUGUUUGACUUGACAGUCUGAGAGACUUCAAAACUCAAUGUUUUGUAUUUUUGAGACUUUGGAUAAUCCUGAAGUGAACCCUGAACACAGCUCUAGAUAAAGAAAAUCAGAUAUUUUGCAACAAGCGCUGUCAAAUCCCAGGUCAAGCUGAUGUGAAGUAAAUCACCAAGAUAAAUCCUGCUCCUCAGCCUUCUACAACUAAUUACAAGUUGUCUUCUCUUGCUGCUUCUCAGCUACUCAGACUUUCUUCCUACCUUGAAUCAGUAUGUCAUGACACUGCAGGAUUAAUUUAAGAGAAGUUCUAAUGAAAUCCACAGCUAGGUCAGCUACUGUUCUCUUACCCUUGCUACUGUAUUUUUUUCAUUAUGUCUAAAAGGGAUGCAGGUUGUAUGUACAGUAGAUUUUAAUACUCUACCUAUUACAUUUGGGAAUUCUUAUGUUUUUAAAUGAAUUUGUGUUCACUAUAAUUUCAAAUAUACAAAUGAAUUUAUCUUCUCAUACUUGGAUAUACUUUAAAUAGGUGUAACUAUUAAGGAGCCUCAUCCAACAAAGCCUAGAUUUUUCUAAAAGAAAUGCUAGACAAAAAGGUAGUGGAACUCAUUUCUUUAAUUUAAAAAUGCAGAUCUAAAAUGGUCCUGGAGAGAAGCAAGAUUAUUCCCAGUGGCAAUUUGUACUAUAUUGAAAGUCAAGUUGUGGAGGUUUCAAUAAUGGUGUGAAUGGAUAGCACACUUAUUUUUGACAUAAAAUUUUUUGAUUAAGUAGCAUCAAGUUGGUGUUGACUCUAAGUGAUCACAUAGAUAAGAAACAUAAAUUUAAACUUUGUGGAAUUUAAUAUAGAAUAACUCAAUCAUUGACAAUCAUUUUGCAACCAACCCCAUUUAUGAAUGAGUAUGAGUGUUUUGAAGAUUGCAAUUAGUAAAGAUUUUGCAGGUUGUUUCCUGCUUCUCUUUUCCUGUCAUGAAUGACCAGGGUUUUUUUUUUCUUGGAACAGAAAGCUUGCUGCAUGGUGCAUUAUCUAAAAAAAAGAGCAGUAUAUUUAUAGCAAGCUAGUGCAGUGUUUCCCAAACUUGACAAUUUUAAGGCAUGUGGACUUCAACUCCCAGAAUUCCACAGCCAGCGUGGAAUUGAAGUCCUCAUGCCUUAAAAUUGUCAAGUUUGGGAAACACUGAGCUAGUGUAAUAAAUGAACUACUAGUCACCAACACCAAAUGCUGCCAGCAUUGUAUUUUUUUAAUUAGCCCGCUCUUAAAGAAAGUCAUCAAAUGUUUGGGGAACUAUAAUGCUAAAUGUGCAGUGAAGGGUAGAUGGAGUUGUAUAUUAAUGCUUGUUUCAAUAUUGUAUGUUCUAUGCUUGUUUUCUUUUUUCUUUCUAACAACUUUAAAUCAUUUUCUAUUAGCUCUUUACAUUAGAACUAAGAACUGCAAUAAACAUUUUUCUUCAAAAGAGUAAGUAGUAAUUUUUUUUGGGGGGAGAACUUAUAAAGCAAGUCCAGGAUUUGUAAUUACCUCGUUUCCUUCCAUUCUGGGUACACAUUAUGUUCUCAAAUUUGAUAACAUAAUUUUAUUUAAUAGGAUCAGGCUGAUUUUUCUUUUUAUGUUUCAGGUGUGUAUUAUUACAAUAGAAAACUUUCUACUGAGUAUAGGUAUACAAUUGUUGUGUCAUUCAGUUAUUUCCAGACAUUAUUUUGUUUUACACUUAAGACUGUCUUCACCUUAGUAUUUGCUUAUGUUUAAAUCAGAAUAACAGCUAAGAGAUUUUAUUUAUUUUAGGUAUGAUAGCAUACUUAGUAUAGUCUUAAUUUUGCUGUGGGCACUUUUAGUGUGAAUUAAAGAUAUUAAUCCCUUUCCCUGACAUAACUCUUGUAUUAAAAUUGGCCCGCAAAGUUACCAGGGAGUAGCACACAUUAACCAAGUCUAAUGUGAAAAUAGUUGUUAAGCAUAAUCUUAAACUAUCUGGAAAUUUCUUUCUGCAGUAUUUCAGGUGUUCUGUUUGCUUCUAUAAAUAUUAUGCAUACUUUUCUAAAACUUUCUCUAAAGAUUUAUGCAGAGCUACACAAAAGUUAUUAAAAGAAAAAAAUCAAUCCAAACAAUAUUUUUCAAAUAUUUCAUGUCCAAAUAUUUAAAUAUUACAUUUUAAAAGAAACAAUUUUUGCAUCUCCCUGAGUCCCACAUGAAAUUCCCCUCUAAGCUUCCAAGUUUGAAGUAUUAGUCGUAUAAUGAUUUGUUCAUAAGUCACCUGUUUUGCUGAAGCUAUAUUUCAGCAAGUAUAAUGGAUCCUAAAUUACUUUCCCAAAUUAUGCUUUCUGAAAUUUCCAUGCUAUCCCCUUCCUUUUCUUCUCCUCCUCCCUACUUAUUUUACCCAGUUAGAUUAUUUAUCAGUUCAGACCAGUAUUGUUUCUGCUUAUUAAUACUGCCUCCUGUUCUUAUUUUGUAGUAAAGAAAAAAGAACUACCUCUUUUAUAUUCUUGAUUUCAAUAAUCCCUAUGAAGUCAGUAUUCUCAACAUUAUUGAUUUCAGACUGUGGGAAAUAGGACACAAUUUCAGUGUUGAAUUGUGGCAAUGUUCCCACUAACCCUGCCUACUAUAUUGUCAAAAUCAACUUCAGUCUUCAGUCUAAUCAAUUCAGACUGCAAUCCUGAAAUUUCAGACUUAAGUACUCAGUUUUCAGUCAACAUAAACAAAAUCAGGAAUAUAUUGUGCCUGUGCUUCAGGAGCUUAGUUUUGAAUAACUUUGAGAUUAAUCAGUCAACUGUACACAGUGUAACCUAGGUAGAAAGAAUGGCACUAUAUUAGCAUAAUUUAAUGCUUAUGAUUUCUAGCUUUUUAUUUUUUUUCUAGCAUAAUACUCAACAUGUAGUGACAAAUUUAAUUUCUUUUUCUCCAUCUUAGGGGUUCCAAUUGUUUAAAAUUGGGUGGUCCAUAUCCAGUAUACUUUGAAGUCAGUGUUCAAAUAAUUGUACCCUUUCCCCAUUCUACUAGGAUGAUAAAUGUUUAUGUUCUAAUUGCUUUAUAUAAAAAGGUUUUUUUUUAAAAAAAAAAAAACACCCUUUCAUCAGCUCACUGGCCAUGUGGUCAAAUAUUAAUGAUAGAAUGUUCCUGAUGAAAAACCAUCCAGUACCUCAUAUGUUGGCUAUGCUUUUCUGAUAUAACUAAAAUGAAAAACAUUCUUGGGUUUGUAGUCUUUCUUUGUAUGAAUAUAUUUUGGCAUCCGAAAGAUUACAGUGGCACAAGAAAUUACCCAAUAAAACUCUCCUGUCAAAUCAAAACAAAAGCAAAGCAAGGACACAUCUGUUCUAAGCACAAGGAAAACCAAAGAACAGACAUAUCACAUCAAGCCCUCCAUGAAACACAUAUAGCAUACGUCAUUCCUUAGGAGAGGUCUUUCAUUAGCAGCUGUAGCUAGACAGUUGACUGGACCUUUAGUAGAAUGCAUAGAAGAAUAGAGGCUUGAAUCUUCUUCUUGUCCUAAUCAAAUCUAAACAGUGCCUUGGUUUUACACAGAGCACAAAAAGAAAUGAACAACAAUGUAAAGUUGGACAUGUGACUGCAGAUGUUUGAAUUCAAAAUGAGAAGGAAGGAAGAGUUCAGGAGCAAAGGUUACUUUUUGCUCCGGAUUUUGGGGAUUAAUUUUUAGAUGUUUCCUGUAUCAUUGGAAGACAGUCUUUAAAAAAAAAUAACAUUGUAAUUCAACUGUGCUCAGGGUUUUUAAACUAUCAUGUAUCUUAACAAUAUAAGCACAGCCGGUCUUCUGGUUUGGUCAACUAUUAUCUGAGUAUAUUCAAUAAAGCUUUUGUUCGACUUGGAAGAGGAGAGUAUGACUAUACUUGCAAAGUUCAAGGCCACAACCAUCAUCUAUUACAUAUAUAGAAGCUAAAUUUGUAGAUGGUGUUAGGUCUGUGCUAAAAGAAAUGUAGCAAUAAAUACACAUUUGGCAUUUGCUGUGUUCUCUGAAAAUGUUUGAUACAUGCAGCAGUAACUAUAACCAAAAUUUCCUAUUAAAAAGACAAGAUUUACAAUCA